UAUGGGCGUGGCCAAGAAGAGGGGUGGGACCUGCAGUGCGGCGCCCGGGUAGCGGCGGAAGAUGGCUGCGGUUGUGGCAAUGGACACCCAGCUGAUGCUCGGAGUCGGGCUGAUCGAAAAGGACUCUAAUGGAGAAGCUCUGUGGGUGUGGUGUUAUCCUUCCACGACAGCCUCACUAAGGAAUCUGCUGCUCCGAAAAUGCUGCCUAACUGAUGAAAACAAACUUCUCCACCCUUUCGUCUUUGGUCAGUACAGAAGAACAUGGUUUUAUGUCACGACAGUUGAAGUUCCAGAUUCUUCAGUUUUGAAAAAGGUGACUCAUUUUUCUAUUGUUCUGACCGCCAAAGAUUUUAACCCAGAGAAAUAUGCCGCCUUCACUAGGAUAUUGUGUAGAAUAUAUUUGAAAUAUGGAAGUCCGGUUAAAAUGAUGGAGAGUUACAUUGCAGUUCUCACCAAGGGGAUCUGCCAGAGUGAAGAAAAUGGCUCUUUCCUUAGUAGAGACUUUGAUAGUCGAAAGGCAUACCUUGCUGGCUCCAUCAAAGACAUUGUAUCUCAAUUUGGAAUGGAAACUGUUAUCUUACACACAGCAUUGAUGCUGAAAAAACGAAUUGUUGUCUAUCACCCCAAAAUAGAAGCUGUCCAGGAGUUCACCAGGACUCUGCCUGCCCUGGUGUGGCAUCGACAGGAUUGGACCAUCCUGCAUUCUUACAUGCACCUUCAUGCUGAAGAGCUGGAAGGCCUACAGAUGUGCACAGGCUACAUUGCUGGCUUUGUAGAACUGGAGGUGAGCAACAGACCAGACCUCUAUGACGUGUUUGUGAACCUGGCAGAUAGUGAGAUCGCCAUCGCUCCACUUGCAAAAGAGGCCAUGACGAUGGGCAAACUGCAUAAAGAGAUUGGUCAACUAAUUGUGCAAUCUGCAGAAGACCCAGAGAAAUCAGACAGCCAGGUUAUACAGGAUAUUGCCCUAAAAACAAAAGAAAUCUUCACCCACCUGGCACCAUUCUCAGAAGUGUCUGAUGAUGGGGGAAAAGUCAUCCUCAAUGUUGAGGCACUGAAGCAGCAGCGAUUUCCUCCCGCAACAGAAAACUUCCUGUAUCAUCUAGCAGCAGCUGAACAAAUGCUGAAGGUCUGACUGUUCUCAACAUCUUGCUGCGACCCCUACAGAACUUCCCUUUUAUUCCUAGUACCCAUUGGCAUUAUACACUAUUGGAAUUAUAGGAAUGUUCUAUUUUUAAUGACUUAUUUCCAAAUAGUGAGAUCUUAGGUGAGAGCACAUAAAAACAAUUGCGAUUUUUCUCCCUGCCAAUUUGAUCCAGUGCUGGACAGUGUUUUAAUUUUAAUUACUGUCCUAAUGGUAGGAGCCACACAGAUCAGCACAUGCUAGCCUUCAUUGUUCAUUCCUAUUUAGUCUCACUGUAGCCAUAAACUUAAUGGUUUAUUUUCAGAAAGCUGCCUCAAAGUUUGCUUUUUAUUCUUCUAGAAAAAAACUUGAAUUCCUCAUGAGAAACUAUACUUUUUGAGCCUAACUGCUAUGUUUUCUGCAGAAUUGUCUAGAAGGUCAUUCAAGAGAUACUACAGUUGCACUUUCUUGUGGAAAAAAAAAUGUUUUUGGGCCUUUGAAACUUUUCCUAUAUUAUGUGGGUUAUUCGUAGACUUUUAUACUUGAGUAGACAAAUCCAACAACCCUUCUACUGCCCUAGAUAUAAGCAUUUAACAAACAUCCACCAUUAGUACUCUUGGACUAAUUGCUGCUAGCAGUGUCUUUGGAAAAGAGGCCAGUCCCCAACAAAGAAACCCCUUUUAAAUGUAAACAUGUAUAAGAAAAAAUACCUUUACUGUUUUUAUUUGCAGUGUUGGAGCUAGAACCUGGGGCCUUGCAUAUGCAAGGCAUUGCUUUCCCACUAAACUAACCCCCAGCCAUAAUGCUUUCAUAUAUUGGUAAAGGAACAUGAGAAUCAAAUUGCCAAGGCCAAAACUAGACAGUGUCUUCAAGUGACUGCAGUAAAGGAAUUUGGCCACAUCAUCAGGACACUGUUAUUAGCCUCUCUUAAUUUGAGAUCUUAAAAUUACCAAAUAAGCACAAAUGUCUCAAUUAUGCAUGCCUUAUGUCUACUCACAUUAACUAUGAAAGGCCACCUUUCUUCAGUAUAGUUGCAGAGCAUUCAAACCUUACCAGGAAACAUAUUUGCAAAAAUGUUAUCUAAGUUGGGUAUUUUUUUUUAAAUCUUAUUGUUAGACAUUUAAGUAAAAAUAAAAAAAUACUUCCUCUUGUCCUUGGGUGAAAACAGGGAGGACUUGACAUACGUUGUUUACUGGAGCUAACAACUAAUGAUUAAAUUUGCACUUUAUAAAAAGAA